UAGAAAUGUCUAAACGCAAUUUCGAGCUUAUUCCCACCGUCGAUCCCAUUUUUCUGUACGGUUAAUUAAAAAGCAGAACCACCGCUAAAACUUUUUUUCAGCCGCUCCGAACACAUACAUUUCUUACAACUCCGCUUCCCAGUGCAGUUGUUCUCUUCAUCUUCAAUGGCCGAUUCUCUCUUCUCCACCAACAAAAGAGAUCCUAUCAAAUCAUCAGUUGGGAGUGCCGCGGGUAGUAGAAGACGGCAACAUGCAGUUACAAUUGGGAAAGAAAGGAGGGAAUCGUUGGUGCGUGCGAAACGGCUUUGUAGGGUUGGAGUUAGUGAGGGUGAAGUUGAUGUUGAGGGUGAGGGGGAUAUGAUGAUUGAUGAAGAGCAGUCUAUUUUGGAGUCUCAAACUUUGUUGGCAGUUGAAAAUUUGAAAUCUGCUCUUGCUUUUCAGGGGAAGGGUGCAGUGCAGAAAAGAGUAGGGGCGCUUCAAGAAUUAAGGCGUUUACUGUCAAGAUCUGAAUUUCCUCCUGUUGAGUCUGCUGUUAAAGCUGGAGCCGUUGCCAUACUAGUGCAGUGUCUUUCAUUUGGUUCGCCAGAUGAACAGUUGCUUGAAGCUGCUUGGUGUCUUACAAACAUUGCUGCAGGGAAUCCAGAAGAAACAAAAGCUUUGCUGCCUGCAUUGCCUUUGCUUAUUGCUCACCUCGGGGAAAAAAGCUCCUCACCUGUUGCUGAACAGUGUGCUUGGGCACUAGGAAAUGUGGCUGGUGAAGAUGAAGAGUUGAGGAAUGUUCUUCUAAUUCAAGGGGCCUUAAUACCUCUUGCUAGAAUGAUGCAACCAAAUAGGCGUUCAACUGUUAGAACCGCUGCCUGGGCUUUAUCUAAUCUAAUCAAGGGUCCAAAUCCUAAAGCUGCUAACGAGCUCAUUCGUGUUGAUGGAGUAUUGGAUUCAAUUGUUCGACACUUGACGAAAGCGGAUGACGAACCAGCAACUGAAGUAGCAUGGGUAGUUGUUUACCUAUCGGCUCUUUCAAAUUUAGCCACGAGCAUGCUGGUGAAGAGUGACGUGCUUAAAUUGCUUUUAAAUAGAUUAGCAACAUCAAACAGUUUGCAGUUAACGAUACCGGUUUUGCGAAGUUUAGGUAAUCUCAUUGCUGGGGAUUCCCAUGCAAGUUAUGCCGUUCUUGUACCUGGACUUGAAGUUACAGAUACUGCCAUACAAGUCUUGAUAAAAUGUCUGAAAAGUGAACACAGGGUCUUAAAGAAGGAAGCAGCUUGGGUGCUGUCUAAUAUAGCUGCUGGUUCUGUUGAGCACAAGCAGUUGAUAUAUUCUAGUGAGGCAGUGUCUUUACUAUUGCACCUUCUUUCCGCCGCACCUUUUGAUAUAAGAAAGGAAGUUGCGUACAUAUUGGGAAACCUUUGUGUUGCCCCAACUAAAGGCGACGAAAAGCCGAGUCUGAUCCUGGAGCAUCUGGUUUCACUUGUUGAAAAAGGCUGUUUGCCAGGUUUUAUUGAUUUGGUUAGAUCGGCUGAUAUUGAAGCUGCUAGGCUAGGGCUUCAGUUCAUAGAACUGGUCCUGAGAGGGAUGCCAAAUGGAAAGGGCCCAAAGCUUGUAGAACAAGAAGAUGGGAUUGAAGCCAUGGAACGAUUUCAGUUUCAUGAAAACGAAGACUUGAGAACUAUGGCAAACAGUCUAGUUGACAAGUAUUUUGGAGAGGACUAUGGGCUGGAUGAGUAGGGAUAAGAAUAGCCGAGAUCAAAAUUGUAUGUCCUUGUAAUGCACCCUUGCCUCAGCUCCAUGUCAUAUGUAACAAUUUUAGCAGCGACGUGGCGGAACAUUCUAUACCAAAAGGGCAAUAGAUUCUGUAUUUGGUAUUGAGAUGUUUGGUAAAAUCUUGUGCGGCUUGUGGUUACACUCUUUUCAUUGAUCUUGUGAUAGACUUGCUGGAUGUAAUUUAUUAAUGUUUUAAUUUGUUGUAGUUCAGUUCAAGUUUAUUUUUGUGAUA